CUUGGUAACUAUGUCAUAUGAAAAAUAAAUACAUAUAAAUAUAAAUAUAUUUGAUUUAGUUAGCCAGAUAAGUAAAAGAGUUUUGUUUAUCUCUCUGAAUUUUCAUAAAAAUGCGGAAAAAGAUUAAUUAUCAUUAUUUACUACUAACAGUCAUUUACAUAACAUUCAAUUUAAUAUCACUGCAAAAUGGUCAAUUCGAAGAUAUGGAUCAACGUUUAGAUCACAUGAUUAAUUCUGCAGAGAAACAGGCAAGAAAUGUAACUACAAGUAAUGACAAAGAAGAAACUAUGUCACGACAUAAUAAAAACGACUUCGAAACUUCUCGAAGCAGCGGUAAAUAUUUCAAAAGGAAACGUUCACGCAAACAGAGUGGUAAACGCUAUGAAGGUGUUUUCUAUUCUCGUGGUCACUCAAUCUAUGGUGAUAUUGAUUCAAAAACAACUACAUUUCAUUAUGGUGGUAAAAUUAAAAAGUAUGGUAGACGUCAUCGAACUUUUUCCGAUAAAGAUACAACUGGCACUUCGGAUAGAUACGCUAGUUCAUACAUUAAAGAUGACUUUAAAAUCAGAGCCAAGUCAGCGAAACAAUAUGUUAAAGGUUAUAAAGGUUUAUCUGAUAUGGCUAGAGAAGAUAGGAGUGGGUCUGUUCUUUUUAAACGGAAUAAUAUGAAUGGAAAAACAGUAACUAAUUUAACUUCAACGUCGAGAGACGUGCGAAACACAUCUCAUUUUACACAAGAAACUCGAAACAAUUGAGAAGUUGCGAAAGUAUUCAAUCAUUCAUCCUAUAUGAUAAAUGUGGUUUAUUUAGAAUACAAUCAUAUAUAUAUGAAGUAAUCUAAAAUGACUAUUUCAAAAAAUGAUAACCAACAUAUAUAUGUCAGAAUAUAUUUUAAAUUAUAGGAUAAAUAAUUUUCGCAUAAAAAAAGAAAAAAAAUUUGUUUGUUAUGUUGCUCUUUGCUAAUAUGACCUCCAAAACACUGGCACGUUUUGAUUCUAUAAAAGCAUCGUAACUAAUCUACAAAGCUGAAGGGUUCGCAAAAAUUUAUAAGGACUAUAAUAUAAAUAUUUCAGCAUUGUAUUCAUUUCAUAUCUACUCAGAUUCAAUAUUGUAAUUAUGAUCGAAAAGAAAGUCUGUGGUAAAGUUAAAAUCUAAAGAAUCUUCCUAGUGAGUACAAAACCAGUACAAAUAAGAGCAUUACGUAUCAAAAAUUGAUCAAAUGUUAAAUUGUAGUGGUUGUGAGAGGACUUUUAGUUUUUCGUUAUCGAUUUCACGUUCUGAAAAAUGUAGAAAUACUACAACAUAACCCCAUUUAUCCAUUUGUAAACAUAUUUUAAACAAAGAUUUUGAUUUGAAUAUGUGUCAAACUCAUAAAUAGUUACCCGACAGAUUCGACGUCGCACAUAAAAUUUUUAUUAACAAAUGCACUGAAGAUUUAGUUAGGUGAUGUUACGAUAUAUUUAUUUGUGGAAAUCACACAUAGGAGUUAUUACCUUUAUCUCUUACCAUUUCUGCAUCCAACUUCUUCGGUUUUUAUUAAAUGGAUAAAUUGCGAAGUGCUUUUUUUCGUAGUUUCCCAAGAACAAAGUUAAGUGAUUGGGGUUUUAU